ACGACCAGGAGUCACUCUCUGUGACCCUGUGUGUUUCAGACGACCAGGAGUCACUCUCUGUGACCCUGUGUGUUUCAGACUACCAGGAGUCACUCUCUGUGACCCUGUGUGUUUCAGACUACCAGGAGUCACUCUCUGUGACCCUGUGUGUUUCAGACGACCAGGAGUCACUCUCUGUGACCCUGUGUGUUUCAGACUACCAGGAGUCACUCUCUGUGACCCUGUGUGUUUCAGACUACCAGGAGUCACUCUCUGUGACUCUGUGUGUUUCAGACUACCAGGAGUCACUCUCUGAGUCUCCUUCAGGUCGUAGAAAGGCUCUGGCUAGCAGCAGCAUCAACAUGAAGCAGUAUGCCAGCCCCAUGCCCACACAGACUGACGUCAAGCUCAAGUUCAAGCCCCUCUCCAAGAAGGUGGUGUCUGCCACGCUACAGUUCUCCCUCUCCUGCAUCUUCCUCCGUGAGGGCAAGGCCACUGACGAGGACAUGCAGAGCCUGGCCAGCCUGAUGAGUAUGAAGCAGGCUGAUAUCGGCAACCUGGAUGACUUUGAGGAGGAGGACGAGGAGAAUGAGGAGAACAGGGCCAACCAGGAGGAGAAGGCUGCUAAGAUCACAGAGAUGGUAAAUCAGCUCAAUGCUCUCAGCUGCUUAGCCGGAGACCCUGAGGACUACUUCCUAAAGCUGGCUAGUAAAAGGCCAAGCAGCGCUCAGUCUCCCUCCCAAGAGCUGAUCAGUAAGCUGAACUUCCUGGAGGAGGAUCAGGACACGCCCCCUGCCCUCUGCUCCAAUCCCUUCGAAGAUCCGGCUGAUGAUGUUGAUGACCCCUCCCAUCUGGAACACACCAAUCACUUCAACCCGUUCGGUGAUGAUGAUGAUGAUGAGGCCUACUAUGUCCAGGAACCCUCCAACCCCUUCGACGAGGACGAAGUCAACACACACUCGCACACAGAGUACAACCCGUUUGACGAGCCCGACCAGGACCCAGACCUAGUCCCAGACCCUGACCCCCAGGGGCCCCAGCCGGAGGCUCCCAAACCCAGGGGAGGAAGGGGUCAGGCCGGUGGAUAUGAGCAA